CAGGUAGGCAGUUAAAAUGGACUUAAUUUUACUGGAGAGUAGUGAUUUCUAAACGUCUACAAUAAUGUUAUAUUAUAAAUUGCUUGUGUUUGAGUUUCAAAAUCAAAACUGAACCUGUUGAUCCACUGUGAAUUUCCGGCGUUUCUUCUGGUCAUAUUUUUACAAUGCAGCACAGUAUGAAGAAAAUAUCAUUUGCUAUACUAGCACUUACCUGCCUAAUUGGUGGUGUACUUUCAAAAUCUAAAGAUUACUAUAAAAUACUUGGAGUUGAAAAGAACGCAUCUCAACAAGAUAUCAAGAAAGCGUUUAGAAAACUAGCCAUCAAAUAUCAUCCAGAUAAAAAUAAAGAUCCCGAUGCAGAAAAAAAGUUUGUUGAAAUAGCAAAAGCAUAUGAAGUUCUAUAUGAUCCUGACAAGCGGAGACAGUAUGAUCAGCUUGGAGCCAACAAGUUUGAGAGUUUCAACAGGGGAGGGGGCUACAGUAAACCUGGGGCUCAAGAAUCAAUGUUCAACUACGACGACUUCUUCAAAAACUUCGACGAAACCAUCAGAUUUGGUCGAAGAAGAAGAGAUAAACAGAAAAAGACUGGCGGUCGUAAAUUUGGUUCCAUUUUUGACAGCCUUUGGGAUGACUUUGAUUCGGACGGUAGCAUGCAAGACAUGCUGAAUAAUAUGUUUAAAGAUAUGGGCAGUGGGCCGUCAUUUGAUGGGUUUGGUAGUUUCGCCUCUUCUUCCAAAAAAAAGGGUAAAGGAAUGCAUGGUCAAGCUCACAUGUUUGCUAAACAUCUUCAUGUUCAUGACUCACAUGAAGCCAAAUCCAAAAUAUUAGUCAUGGUGUCAAAGGUGAUGUUGAAGAAAAAAUCUGCUGGUAAAAAAGGAGGAGCUACAAAAGAAAAAACUGUGAAGGAAGAACCAAAACCACCGCCUGAAGAGAAGCCGGUAGAAACUCCCAGGCCACCACCUCCUAAGCCGCCACCCCCACCUAAGCAGCCCGAUCCACCACCAAAGCAGCCAGAUCCACCACCAAAGCAGCCAGAUCCACCACCAAAGCAGCCUGAUCCACCACAGCAGACAGUGCCCCCUAAUCCUGAACCUCCCCAAGAUCCAGUCACCAAAGCAAAAGAAAGCCUUCUGUCUAAGAAAAAGGUUCUGUCUAAAGAUGAAUUCAAGGCUGAGUUUGAAAGAAUUCGAUCAGAAUUUAAAGCUACGCUAGCUAAAAUGAAGGGGCAAUCACCCACUACCACUACAACAACAGUUGAAAAUGACGGUGUUAAGCGCACAACAAUAUCGACCACAAAUGAUUUGCCUAAAACUACUUCCAGUGGUACACAAAAGUCAAGUAACAUACCCAAAAAAGGUACAACUAAUGCAGGGGAAAAUAUAAAACAACCAGAAAAUAAUAGCAAGAAACAAGAGCCUAUAAAUAAGAGGACAAGUAAGGAAAAAGUUAUGAAAAAUAAUGAACCUCCAAAAAAUGCUUCACAAAACAUAAAGGUACAAACAUUGACAAACAAGCAAAGACAUGAAGCUCUGCACAGUUCUACUAUUAACAGUAUUCUUGAGAAACAUAAGAACAGACGAAAAGGUGCAGCAGCAAAUUCAACUGUAAAGGAUAAAAUGGAAACUAAAAAUUUACAUGGACAUACUCAAGGGAAGAAGGGUGCUACUAUAUCUGUAAGGUCUCUUCACAACAGACUAAAACCUAAACCUCGUCCACCGUCAAGUUAUAAACCUCCUCAGACAAGUUCAAAUCGUAAAAGUCGGUCUACGACAGAUCGUGAAUCUAAACCAGCAAGUCCACAAAAAUUCACUAAGGAUUCAAAUGCAAAUGAGAGAAAUAGAGACAGUACAAAUCCACCCAUGAAUCAGAAACUAGGAGGUGUUGACAAUCAACUAGAUACUAUGAAAAUGCAGAAACCAAAAUUAAGAAACCAAAGAACACAUGUAGAAAAAAGGCAAACGCCAGAUCUUAAAGAUGAAAGAAAUAAAAAUCACAGUGAAGGUGAUUCACGUGGGCGCUACCAUGAGGAAAGAGACACUUGUGUCGAAGCAACAACUUAUACCAACGCCAAUGGACAAAUCAUAUUUUGUAAUUCGCCUGUUCUUAACAACAGGUAUCGUAGGAUGUCAGACAAUGUAGAUCCAGAAAAUAUGCAAAGUUUUGGUAAACGUUGGUCUGAUAAUACUUGUGGGGAUGGACUUCUCUCUACUGCAGACUCUUCAACUGAGAAUUUAGGUCAUUAUAAAAGCCAAACAGAUGGGAAAUUAAAAGUAUCUGCAAGAUCCAAUGGCCCGGGUCGGAAUACAAAUGAUGGCUUUAAUCAAAAGAUGGCAGGAAAUACAGCCAAACAAAAUUUUAAUAGAAAAAAUCCGAAAGUUUUCAAUAUUCCGAAAUCAGAUGAAGGAAAUAAACCCGAAUAUAAUAUUAAGCUUGAAAAACUUACGCAAAAUGAAAAAUCAAGGACUGGUUUUGGAAGGAAUUCAUUGAAACAGGAAGCAAGCAGAGAAGAACUUCUAAAUUCUGCGUCGAGAAAAACUCCUCAAGUCUAGAUACCAAUCCCAACAUUUCAUUAUAGUUUUGUUUUUUCCUGAUAUAUUUUUUUGAAUCUAGCUUUAGCAACCGACAAGAUGUAGUGGAUUUUUAUAUAGUCAUUGCACAGUUGAAGACUGAAAUUCCAGAUCUCUAGACAGAAAUCAAAUGGUUGAAACACUGGUCUGGAAACAAAAAACCCCAAUAAAUUCCUGGUCUGACUUUAGAUAGUUUUCAGAACAUUAUGCAGCUAAAAACUAGAAAAUUACAAAAACAGAUAUAACAUUUCUUUGGGCAACAUUUUAAAAGAAAACACAUCUUCAAUAUGCAAGGUAAUCAUUAUGUUUACUCAAACAGCUCUCCCUCCAAUUCAAGUCACCUCCAUUUCAAAAGCACUAAGAUCUAAACAGUUGUGACUGGCUCUGGCGAAACCCGCCAUUUAUCGCAAUUACUAAUUUCCUACAAGCACCCAAAAUGUUCAAGAAUUAAAAUUUUUAACAUUUUCAGGUUUUUUUUUUCAUUAUAUAAGAAAGAUAUUUUGAAGAAAAUUUCUGCAAAAUAUCAGUCACUAAAUUUAACUGA